AUGCAGUUCAACCGUUUGAGUCAUCUGAAGUGCCACAUACGGACUCACACUGGGGAGAAACCCUACAGGUGUGAGGAGUGCAGCAAGCAGUUCAGUGCGCUGAGCACUUUAAAGAACCACAUACGGACUCACACUGGGGAGAAACCCUACAGAUGUGAAGAGUGCAGAAAGCAGUUCAGUCGACAGGGUCAUCUGAAAGAUCACAUGCGGACUCACACAGGGGAAAAACCCUACAGGUGUGAGUAUUGCAGCAAACUAUUCAGUGUGAAAGCAAACUUGACAAGUCAUGUGAGGACUCACACGGGGGAGAAACCUUACAGGUGUCAGGAGUGCAGCAGGCAGUUCAAACAGCUGAGUACCUUAAAGAAACACAUGCGGACUCACAUAGGGGAGAAACCCUACAGGUGUGACAAGUGCAGCAGGCAGUUCAGUGACCUGGCUAAACAUGCAGAAUCACAGAGAGGAGAAGCGCUACAGGAGUGCAGCAAGCAGUUCAGUGCGCUGAGCACUUUAAAGAACCACAUACGGACUCACACUGGGGAGAAACCCUACAGAUGUGAAGAGUGCAGAAAGCAGUUCAGUCGACAGGGUCAUCUGAAAGAUCACAUGCGGACUCACACAGGGGAAAAACCCUACAGGUGUGAGUAUUGCAGCAAACUAUUCAGUGUGAAAGCAAACUUGACAAGUCAUGUGAGGACUCACACGGGGGAGAAACCUUAA